UUUCAAAUAGGCUAUUUUGGGCAAUCAUCCCCCUUCGUAUCAACUGAGUUGAAUUUGGGGUUUCAUUUCUUGUUCAAGGUUUCCAUUGAUACUCGCAAAUCAAUCAAUCAAUCAAUCAAUCCAUGUACUCACUAUGAUUUUCACACGAAUUUCUCGCUGUAUCUCUCGAUCCUCCUCUCACUCUACCUUCCGUCGAAAUGUGAGAGGACUCAUUUCAACCGAAUCAUCAGCAAAUGCUUACAUUCAACGCUUCGAUGCCGGAGCCGCAGGACUCGUGAGGAGCUACUUGACCUCCAAGGGACAGAUUAUUAACCCUAAAACUUGUGCUUCUGACGUUAAUUACUUUGCUAAACAGUUAGGGUUACGAAGACUCUUUUGCAACGAGGCACCAAAGAAGAGAAACUAUGAAAACUAUCACCCAAAGGGAAAAAAAGAGGUGCCAAAAGGGGAGGGUCAGAAAUCGGGCUCUAAAGGGGACUCUGGUAAAAAUGACGAUGGAGACAACUUUAUGAAGAAUUAUCAAAGUUUAAUCUCGCCUUUGAUGUUUUUCGCUUUUGUCCUGUCAACCAUAUUUUUGACUCCCCAAGAACAACAACAGAUUAGUUUUCAGGAGUUCAAAAACAAGCUUCUUGAACCUGGUUUAGUGGACCACAUUGUUGUCAGCAACAAAUCCGUUGCUAAAGUGUACGUAAAGGCUUCAAACGCCAACACAAUUCAAACCAGUGAUGACGUCAUUCAGGGUCCAAACAAUGGCAACAGGUCAAGAGGACAGUCAAGCUAUUAUAAAUAUUAUUUUAAUAUAGGAAGUGUGGAGACAUUUGAGGAAAAGCUUGAGGAAGCUCAAGAGGCAUUGGGAAUAGAUCCACAUAAUUAUAUACCUGUCACGUAUUCUUCUGAAACAAAUUGGGUCCAAGAGCUAAUAAGGUUUAUUCCAACGUUAUUGCUUUUAGGAACCUUAUAUUUUAUGGGCAAAAGAAUGCAGAUCAAUAUCGGCCAAGGUGGAAAGGGGGGCCGUGGAAUAUUCAACAUAGGCAAAGCACAAGUGACGAAAUUAGAUAAAAAUUCCAAAAACAAGGUAUACUUUAAAGAUGUAGCUGGUUGUGAUGAAGCAAAGCAAGAAAUCAUGGAAUUUGUGCAUUUUUUAAAAAAUCCUAAAAAAUAUGAGGAGUUAGGGGCCAAAAUUCCAAAAGGGGCUCUUCUUGUGGGUCCACCAGGGACCGGAAAAACACUUCUUGCUAAAGCAACUGCUGGAGAAUCCGACGUACCGUUUUUAUCGAUAUCGGGUUCUGAUUUUAUGGAAAUGUUUGUCGGGGUGGGACCCGCGAGGGUCCGAAGUUUAUUCCAAGAAGCAAGACAAUGUGCACCUAGUAUAAUAUUUAUUGAUGAAAUUGAUGCCAUCGGGCGGGCCCGAGGUCGUGGUGGUUUUGCUGGUGGGAAUGAUGAGCGGGAAAGUACACUAAAUCAGUUAUUAGUUGAAAUGGACGGUUUUGCAACGACUUCUGGUGUUGUUGUACUCGCGGGUACAAACCGACCGGAUAUCUUAGACAAAGCGUUAUUGAGGCCUGGUCGUUUUGACCGUCAAAUCUCGAUUGAUAAGCCAGAUAUCAAAGGCCGUGAACAGAUAUUUAGAAUAUAUUUAAAAAAGUUGAAGCUUGAUAAAGAGCCGUCACAUUAUUCUCAGAGGCUUGCUGCACUGACACCUGGAUUUGCGGGAGCAGAUAUCGCGAAUGUUUGUAAUGAGGCUGCAUUAGUUGCUGCUAGACGUGAGAGUGCUGUGAUUACAAUGGAACAUUUUGAAGCUGCUAUAGAUCGGGUUAUUGGUGGUUUGGAGAAGAAAAACAGGGUGAUAAGUAAACUGGAAAGGAGGACUGUUGCUUAUCAUGAAUCGGGUCACGCAGUUGUUGGAUGGUUUUUGGAACACGCAGAACCGUUGCUAAAAGUGACAAUUGUACCACGAGGUACUGCCGCACUCGGGUUUGCACAAUACGUCCCGAAUGAGAACUUAUUGAUGACCAAAGAACAGCUUUUUGAUUUGACUUGCAUGACUCUUGGCGGUCGAGCAGCUGAACAGGUUUUGAUUGGUAAAAUCUCAACGGGAGCUCAAAACGACUUGGAGAAAGUAACACAAAUGACAUAUGCACAAGUCGCAGUUUAUGGUUUCAGUGAAAAGGUGGGUCUUUUAUCCUUUCCCAAAAACGACGGUGCCUUUGAGGUAACGAAACCCUACAGCAGUAAAACUGCUGCGAUAAUUGAUGUUGAAGCGAGGGAAUGGGUUGCAAAAGCAUACAAACGUACAUUAGAAUUAGUAGAAGAACAUAAAGAGCAAGUAACGCAACUUGCAGAGCAGUUACUUGAGAAAGAAGUCUUGCAUCAAGAAGACUUGGUCAACAUACUUGGUCAACGCCCUUUUCAGUACAGCGAACCGACAAAUUAUGAUAGGUUUAAGGAAGGGUUUGCAGAGAAUGAUGAUGAAAAAUGAUGAUUUUCCAACAUCUUUUAACUACCUACUAUUAACUUGAGACAUGUUAAAGAAAGUCAUAUUUGAAGUGAUUUGUUUAUUGCUAGAUGUUGAUGUUGAGGUUAUGUAAUUUAUGCUGCAAUACAAGUCCUUUAAUAGAACUUUCUACUUAUGUUGAAGUUA